CUCCGCAGCACCCAACCCUUCCACCCAGCGCCGGGACAACAAGCAUGACCACCACCGCCGGCGCCCAUGCUUUCGUCCCCGAGGCCUACCUCGAAGGCCUCGCGCUGGAAACCUUCCUCCUGGAAACCCUCCUGAAGCGCCACCGGUGCAGCCACGGCCGGACCCUCUACUUCCGCCGCAUGGAGAUGGUCCUGAAGAAGCUCCUGCUCCCGGCCGGUCCCUCGGGGAAGCGCCCGCUGCUGGUGGUGGACGCCGUCCGAAGGCUGCAGGCCCUGCACGCGGAGGCGGACCGGUGCUUCCGGGAGCAGACCUUGGCCGCCGCGAGCCGGAAGCGGAAGGGGCGCCAUUCCAAGGCGGACGAGCGCUGGGACCAAGGGUCCCUGCUCGCGGAGAAAAGAAGGGCCGCACAAGGGGCGCUCUCGGAGCUGGUCAGGGUCUGGACGGGGACCCUCCCCGAGGUCCUCUCCCGGAUCAAGCACGCUUCGGGGGCCCUCUUCAAGGAGGCGAGCCGGGGGUUCUUUCUGCCCUUUGUGACGGUGGCCCUGGCCGCCCUCGCCCGGAUACGGGCCUUUUGCGCGGAGAUCGGGGCCCGGGGCCUGGCCAGGCUGCAGGAGCUCGACCCGGCACCAAUAUCGACACCGACACCGAAUCCGAAAUCGAGCGCGGCCCCGAACGUCCCAAUUGCCGCGUACAGGCGCUGCAUGGACCUCUUUGUCGAGCCCGGGGGCGGCGACCGCGAGCGACAACGGAGGGCGAUGCUGCGAAGCGCGGGCGGUGACCCGGGAGGCCGGGCCGCCUUUGCGUCUUCCGACACGGUCGCCACCCUGAAGAGCCUGGGCCUCUCGCCACCGGGGUCUGCCGCAGCAUCGGCCCGGAAAACGGCUAGCGAAGGGGACGGCGGAAAGGCCGCUUUGUCCGGCAAGGCCGGUGGCGGGGGACACGGAGAAGAGGGCGCCGAGACCCCGUGGAAGCCGUCGCCGCUGGCGGAAGACAAGGACGACGGCGAGCACGAGCACGACGACGACGACUACCACACCCUCGCGGCGGCACCGGCGCUCGCGGACGACUCCACGGGGGACGGAUCGGUCGGCGGCGGCGGGGACGACCACCCCUCGGAGCGUCCGGGAACCGGGCGGAACAGGAGCGCGGGCGCCGGCACCCACCCGGACGACGCGCUGGACCGCAACCUGUCGCUCGUCGACCGGUUUCGAACCAAGAAGAAGGGCGGGCCAGUUGGCGAUCGGGGUGCUUCCGCCUCCGCAGAACAGCCGAGCCCGAAGAAGCGGGCCGCGGACCGCCCGGGCGGGGAAAGCAGGGGCAAGAAGAAACGAACCUCCAAGCAGCCGUCGAAGAAACGAAAGAAAAAGAAGGAAAAGGGCGGCGAUUUCUUUGACGACAUUUUUGGUUGAUCGAUUCGUUCGUUCGUUCGUUUCGAUUGUUCGUUUCGACUGCCGAUUGACGAUUCCCAAUCGAAUCGAAUCGAAUCGAAUCGAAUCGAAUCGAACCGAACCGAACCGGUACGCCGCCGACGUGGACUCCCCGGGGAUCCGUUUUGCACCGAUGGGCACCGCCCGGCAAGCCAUUCAAGGCGGGAAAGCAAACAUU